AUGUCUGACGAUAUUGUUAUCAAUGGUCGAACUGUGGCCAGCUCUGAUCAGCAGUCCGACGCCACAGACUCGAACUAUAUCUUGGUUCGCACCACAGGUGGCCCAUUGAACAAAGCCCAAAAGACAGAACUGAAGGCCCUGGGCGUCGAGAUCCAGGAGUUCGUCGGGAAUGAAAAUGACCAGUUGUACCUCUGCGGAUUCAAGCCCGCGUCAUUGGACCAAAUCCGUAACUUGGACUAUAUCAGCUACGCCAACAUCUACUCUCCAACGUUUGUGGUCCCGGAUGUCUUGCAGUCCACCACCGGCACCCCGGCCUUGCGCACCAACGAGGAGAGUGACGGCACUGUCGAAGUGGAUGUCCUCCUGCACCACGAUGUUAAGGAGGCAUCCGACGACAUCGUGAGCAAGAUUGCCGAGGCCGGUAAUGUGCAGACGUCGGCCAUUACGGUUGAGCCAGGCUUCGUCAGAGUGAAAGUUGACCCAGAGAAACUGGACAAGAUCGCCGCCGUCGACGAGGUGCGAGUCAUCCACCCGAUCAACGAGCGCCGGCUUUUCAACAACGUGGCUCGUGGUAUCUUGCGCUUAGAUGGGCAGGGAAGCAGCAAGCCAGAGUACAAGGGGAAAGACCAGAUUGUAUGUGUGGCAGACACAGGUUUUGACAGAGGCAGCCCGACGGACGUGCACCCGGCUUUCCUCGGCCGGGUCAAGAAGCUCAAUCCUUGGGGGCGAAGGAGAUUGAACCUCUCAGAUGACCCCGACGGCCAUGGCACGCAUGUAUGUGGCUCCGUCCUCGGUAGCGGUCAGCACAACUCCCAAGGUCUGAUCCAAGGUGGCGCCCCCGAGGCAACCCUGAUGAUGCAGUCGACGUUCAGCGGAUUCGACGCAAGACGCAGAGCUCAACUCGGUGGCAUCCCGAAUGACAUCGGUCGACUGUUCGACGAAGGCUACCAAGCCGGUGCGAGAAUUCACACGAACUCCUGGGGUACUCCGCUGUCGCCUUCUGGCGUGCAGAAUCCCUACGACGCUGGCGCAGAGAGUAUCGACAAGUUCGUUUUUGAACACCAGGACAUGACAAUCCUGUUCGCCGCAGGCAAUGACGGACAAGACUCGGACCUCGACGGCAAGGUCAACGAACGCUCGCUCGGCGCCGAGGCCGCGGCCAAAAACUGCAUCACCGUCGGUGCCUCCGAGAACAAUCGCCCGACCCUCCAGUCGGGCGAGGCAGGCCGUCCAUACACCUACGGUGGCUUCUGGCGCCAGGACUUCCCCAAGAACCCGCUCCGAGACGACCACCAAGCCAACAACCCGGACGGCCUCGCGGCCUUCAGCAGUCGUGGGCCCACGGCGGAGAACCGACUCAAGCCGGACCUUGUCGCGCCCGGCACGGCCAUCCUCUCCGCGCGCUCCAGGAACCAGAAAUUCGACGACGAGGUCAAGAUCAUGGGCGACUCGGGCGACGACGGGUACAUGUACCUGUCGGGCACGAGCAUGGCCACCCCGCUGGUGGCGGGCUGCUGUGCCGUUCUCCGCGAGGCGUUGGUGAAGAACGGCUACCGCGACGAGGAGGACGGCGUCAAGAACCCCACGGGCUCGCUGAUCAAGGCGCUGCUGGUCAACGGCGCGGUCGCCGUCAAGGGCCAAUACGUGCCUCGCGAGGUCAACGACGACGAUGGGCCCAACCCUCACUCGGGCUUCGGCCGCGUCGACGUGGCAAGCUCGUUGGUCGACCCCGCCGACAAGUCCUCGGGGUACGAGAUUGGGGCCAUCGAGGAAGACGAAGAGCCAGUCACCUUCACCAUCACGGCGCCCAACAACACGGGGCCCGACCAACCCAACGGCGACUCUAGCACUGGCAUCAGCGGAGCCGGAACCGGUCGAACGCUCAAAGUCACCAUGGCGUACGCCGACCUCCCGGGCGCGGCGCUCGCCAACGACCUGAAUCUCGUGGUCGUCGCAGGCGGCAAGGAGCGUCACGGAAACCAGCAAGACGCCGAGUUCGACGUCGGGGCCGCCCGGCCGUUCGACCGCCGCAACAACGUCGAGCAGGUCGUCUGGCCGCGGAUACCCGGCGGCAAGGUCGAGGUGGUGGUCAAGCCUUUCCGCACGGUCAGUGACCGCGUGCCGUUUGCGGUGGUUUGGAGGUUCUAUUAGGACGGUGGGGAAGGGACCUUGAUAUGUACCUCGUAUCGUGGAUAGUCAAGCGCGCGUACUUGAUGCAACUAAUGGAUAAAGACUCUUUGGAUA